AUGGCCGUCGGCGAUAUUCCCUCAAGCCCGCAGCAGGCAAAUGCCCCACGUCAACCUAUCGAUAUCGAAGCGUGGACCGAGCAGGCGACUGUUGCGCUCAGCUCUGUGGCUAUAUCUGCCCCUGGAGACGCGGUUCAAGGUACCUCGGUUACGCUUGCGAUCCCGCUCGAUGAACACGAUGCGCCUGUCACUGCUGCAUACCCCGUAGGUGCCUCAGCAGCUGCAAAGGAAGGCGGUUACUAUCAUCGCAAAGAACCGCUACGCCGCGAUAGCUUGAAAAGGCGUGAAGCUCUGUUGAGAGGCAAGGAAGGGACUAGGCGCAGGCAGAGGUGGGAAAAUGACCGCCUCCUGAACAACCCUCACGCCGAGCCUCCACUGCCAAAGGACUGGGAAGUACACCCUACCUAUACGGCCAAGAAUGUACCCUACUAUCUCGCUCCUCUCUGGGACGCAGGCCUCAAGCGCCAGUCCAAUGAACGCAAGACUGCUGCUGUCGCCCAGAAGACUGCGACCAAGACCGUAGCCAACAAGCCCACAACUCCCGGCGUCGUGCCCAAGGAGCUGCGCGAGAAGCUCAAGCGAUCGCGUGGUGCCAAGGGUCUGCUCAUGGACCUCGAGGGCGAGGUACGCAAGUUCGUCGCGGACUGGGAGGAGAAGGAGCGCAAGGCAGAGCAAGAUGGCUUACCUGCUGAUCCAGACAGCGAGGACGACGAGAUUGUCUUCGUUGGAAGGAAUGGGCAGAUGAACGAUCUCCGCUCGCCUACAGAGGCCGAGUCUAUCAAGAAGGAGCUUAUGCUUUUCGAGACACCCGAGGAAGACGUUGGAGGCAGCUUCGGACGCUGGCUCGUACAUCACAUCGGUGUCUACUAUGGCUUGAAGACGUGGAGUGUUACUGUCGGUAACCCAGCCAGGCGCGAAGCAUAUGUUGGCUUGAAGGGUGCGAAGCUCAAGGCUGGGAACAAUGGCAGUCAGGUCUGUGACACUUUGCCUCGACCGCUCUAUGGCUUGGUCUAG